CAGCAAAAAAACUAUGCAUUUUUUAUUUUUCAUCUCUCAACAAGAGAAGGUCAAGUAGGCAGGUCUGCAAUAAUAGGAGGAGCAGGAAACCUCCUCCCUGGGAUCCGGGCAGCCAAUGAGCUUCAAGGCCAGACUCCCCUCGAGUAUAAAAGCGACGUCGCACCUGCAGUGCCAUCUGACUGCAGGAGCGUCUCAUCAGCCAUGGCAGGAAAGCUCGUUUUCUCGUUCGCACUCGUGCUGCUGGCCGCCUCAGCAGCCACGGCUCGUCGUGCACAUGCCAACGAUUUCGUCAACUCAUACUACUCGAGGCAGAAGGUGAUGGAAUCAUGCCUGGGUCGUCAGUAUGUCCGCGACGAGAACACUAAGAUCAGCGCUGCUCGCGAGGCCUGCCGCGCGCUGCCUCCCCGCGCCCUCAUCGGUACGCCUAAUGUCCCUGGCGACUUCAACUACGAACACACCGAUGACCACCUGCUGGAGAAGCCGUACUUCACCCAGGAGAUGGUGCGCUACCUCAGUGAGAGGAUGAUGGCUAAGACCUCGAACGCCACUUGCGUCCUCAGACAACUGGGAUACAUGGAUGAGAACGAUCAUAUUCUCUAUGAGAAUAUCGUCUCCAAUAUCAACGCCCUGUCCGUUAAUGAUGCCGAGUUGAAGGCAGACCUCAUCGCUGGCGUCAACGACUGCAAAGCCAUGGCUGAAUGCCUGCCGCUGACCAAGAUCGCGUACCCCCUGACUGCUGCUCUGAUGCGCUGGUCCACUUGGUCCAAGUGCAAGGUCAGCAUGGUCUACCAGUCGUGUAUCAAGAAGGACCUUAGGGCCAACGCUCAGGAAUUCGAGCUCCAGGGGCUCGGAAACUUCCUCUCCGACUACUCUGACUCCGCUAAGAUGUACGCAGUUGUCUGGGCCAGGACUGUGCUCGACCAGGGAUCUGAUUUCCUGUGGUAAAAAUCCCCCUCGAAAAAAUCAACUGCCUUCUAUAUCCCCAUUCGAUUGAUGAGUAAUGAUAAAAUUGAAAAGUGGCCUGUCAGAGAAUAAUAGCUGCCUUAUGGUUAAAAAUAUUGUUGUCAAAGUUAAUGAAAUAAAUGGACAUGUGAUGAUUUACUACAAUUGCACCAUAAAACACGCAAGAGACUACAAAUAAAAAUAAAAUUUGU